CAUCACUUCACCUUUCCACUUCACCACUUCGUCUCCUCACCUUCUCACUUCACCACACCAUUCACCACUUCACUCAUCACUUCACCAUUUCACUCCCCACUUCACCACUACCCCACCUUCUCUUCCCACUCCUUACUAUGGCUUCUUUUAACCUUUAUCACGAAACUGCAACCGACGAUGAAAUAGCAGCCUUCUGUUUAACUCCAAACCAUAUAUCUCUUAGCGAAGCUUGUUAUGAUAACCACGUGGUUAGGCUAUCUGACGAAGCAGUAGUAAAGUUUGGUAUAGGCGUUAAGGAAGAGGAGGCGGAAAGUCAAAGGCGGGCUCAUGAACUAAUCAAUAAUAAUAUCGUUCGGAUUCCAUUGGUCUAUCGUUUUUUCACUAAAGAACAACAAGGCUAUAUUGUUAUGGAGUAUAUGCAGGGAAGAGUCAUGGAGCCUGUGGAAAAUUCUUUUCUAAGAAAUAGAAUUGCUGAUAUUCUUGCUCAUCUUGCGAAUAUACGCGGUUCUAUGCCUGGUCCACUUGGUGGUGGAGUGUCAUGUGGUAUCCUUUGGUCUGAACACAGCGAAGAACCUUUUCUUCAUACUGUUAAGGAUAUGGAAAAUUGGUUCAAUAUGAGAUUAAAAAAACAAGAUCCUAAACUAAUAUUCAGCGAAUCUGAAUUGGUUCUGUGUCAUCUUGAUAUAGCUCCUCGAAACUUCCUCUUACUACACGACAAUUCUAUUUGUCUUCUUGAUUGGGCUUCUGCUGGGUUUUAUCCAAGAGUUUUCGAAGUAUGUACACUACGAAUUACUCAUGGAUUGAAAGAUUCUUUUCAUGAAGAUGUCCUGAAGCUGGGGGAUUUAACAGAGAAGGAGGAAUUUCAGAUAACUUCAAUGAUAUUGGCUUAUUCCAAUAGCGUAAGAUAUCACUUGUAAGUAAGUCCUCGUCUUUUUUUCUUGUUGAUUUUUCUCAUCAGCUCUCUAGCGGACCCAUCCAGACGUUACACGAGACAAACCUUGUACCCGUCCUGGAGCACCAGGACGAUGAUCCUAGCGAUGAUUGAUGGUUGAUAACAGCGCCGGGAGACGGUCCUAAUUCUACAAAGGUACAUUAAGUCUCAAAUUAUACACAAUUUGCCCAGAACUAAUUAUAUUGCUCUUAGGAACUUCUAUGCUGGCCACAUUAUCGGAUCAAGAACGACGCACUAUUGCCAGACAGGUUAUUACGUACUCCGGAGAUUUAUACAAACUACAAAGCACAAUGAUGGCACNCUUAGGAACUUCUAUGCUGGCCACAUUAUCGGAUCAAGAACGACGCACUAUUGCCAGACAGGUUAUUACGUACUCCGGAGAUUUAUACAAACUACAAAGCACAAUGAUGGCACGUGCUAGAACUUCCCGGGGAACAAUCAUUGAUCGGAUACCAUUCGAAAGGCCUCAGUUGUUUCUGCCAUAAUAGAUUUCCAAAGCUGUGUCUACGUUCCGAAGUUUUAGGGGGCUCUCGAAAUAUUCCGACGCGCGGCGCAACGACCACACAAGUGGUUUACAAUANACCAUUCGAAAGGCCUCAGUUGUUUCUGCCAUAAUAGAUUUCGAAAGCUGUGUCUACGUUCCGAAGUUUUAGGGGGCUCUCGAAAUAUUCCGACGCGCGGCGCAACGACCACACAAGUGGUUUACAAUACUCAAGGAGGAGUUUUCGCAACAUCUGGACGCUGAUACCUUAGUAGCCUUGGUGGAUUUGGCACGGCUUUAUAUUGCUUUUGGGGGUUUUGCCGAAGAAGACAUAGAUGCUAUUAAGCGAGGAGAGUAAACAAC